AUGUUCCACAUCGUCUGUCUAGCGCUGACCGGCCUGGCUGCGUACAGAUCGUACGAGUUCGCCAUUAAUAUAUACCAAGCACAUAGAACAGGACUGAGAUAUGUCAUUGUACCGUUUUUGGAGACAGAGAUUGUCUCACAGCUUGCCACCCCGGUUCUGCGAUGGCUUUACACCCCUUCUCUCGAUAAGGGCAAGGGUUGGCCAACUUGGUGUAGGUUCAUGAUCAAAGACUGGUCGUGGGAAGACAAACGCAUUGCCCAUGACAAGUACGGCGAUAUAUUUUUGGUAGUGUCGCCCAUGGGCAUCAUCUGCUACGUGGCAGAUGCCGACGUAUCGUGGGAUGUUUUGAACCGCCGCCAUGAGUUUACCAAGCCUCGCGACAAGUACAAAAUUCUUGAGCCGUACGGCCCUAAUGUGGCGACCGCAGAGGGCGAGACAUACCGCUUUCACGUUCGAAUCACAGCACCUCCCUUCUCUGACGGCUCUGGCGUCAACAACAUUGUCUGGAACGAGACAGUCAUGCAGACAAAGUCAUUAAUGGAGCGUUGGUCCAAGGCACCCCCUGCCAAUCUCCAUGAAGAUGUCAAUGCGCUCACUCUGGCUGUUAUCUCUCUCGCAGCCUUUGGCAGGAAGCUUGAUUCGGAUGGUGCGAACGCACAAGCUAUGCCGCCUGGGUACAAAUUGAGUUUCCUCUGCGCGUUAGCGGAUACGACUAAAUAUAUUCUUCAAAUCCUCGUGUUUCCGACUUGGGUGUUGCGGUGGUCACCCUUUGCGAGAGCGGCGCUGGCCAAAAAGGAGCUAGAGAAGCACAUGCUUGAAAUCAUUGACGAUGAAAAGGCCGCCCUGUCAGAAAGAGGCCUGAAAGACGAGAGUCGUUUGGGCCCUCGCGGAAAUCUGGUGCAAUCCAUCAUGAAGGCUUCGCACCAGUGCGCGCAAGCGGCUCCUGCGGGCAAGGUUGCGUCCAUGGGACGAGGAUUCAGCGAUACUGAAGUCAUGGGAAACCUGUGGAUUUACCUGCUGGCCGGAUACGAAACUACAGCCAAUGCCAUCGCCUAUGGUUUAAUCGUCUUGGCCCUACGACCAGACCUACAACAAAAGCUUGCACAAGAGAUUGAUGAAGUUCGUGCCAAGGUAACAGCGGAUGGGCGUACUGACAUGGACUACAAGCACGAUUUUGAAAAAUUACAAUAUUGCUACGGUUUCAUGUACGAAACGUUUCGCCUGUACCCGGGCGUUACACUCAUUACCAAAAUGUGCAAAGAAAUGCAGCCUAUAGACGUGCCAGUAUAUGACAAGGCAGCAGCAGCAGCGACAAAGAGACGAGUGAUCCUGCCAGCGGAGUGCCGAGUCUACCUUUCCGCUCCCGGAAUCCAUUAUCACCCUAGCAUUUGGAAAUCUCCAGAAGAGCUCAUUCCAGAACGCUGGAUAGCCAAGGCAGCACCAGCUGAAGCAGGGGAAGCGACAAAGAAACACGUUGUAGCUGCGGAUCGAACGCGGCAGAUGAGGGGAAGCCUUCUCACGUUUUCGGACGGAGCGCGAUCUUGCCUAGGUCGAAAGUUUGCGCAGGCCGAGUACAUUGCAUUUCUCGCCACGCUUUUGGAACAGUUCACGGUGGAAUUAGCUCCCGGCGUAGAUGCCGAGCAGGCUUGGCGGGAUCUGAAUCUCAAAUGUGCGGGUGCCAUCACGUUGGCGCCGUUGCCGAUCGGACUGGCAUUAAAACGGCGUGAUAUGUAA